GUGAAGGCAUGCAUAGGGGUAUAUCUAGCUCGAGGUGGUGAGGGAAAGAUAAGCACUCAUCCACUUCAUCACAGAUAUUCAGCGCCAUCCCACAAUGUCCCGCUCUUUCGUACCUUCUAGGCCUGCACCUUCUCCCCCUUACGCGGUCAAGACACCUAAUCUCCCACCCAAUCACCCCUUUGCGACGCACUACGUACCAACCCACAGAUCGUCCGUCGAAGUCAGUCCCAGACACCGAUCACUCCCUGCCACAUUCAGUUCAAGCUCUUCCGACUCGUCAUCAUGGGGGUCAUUCCGGUCGAACACAUCGACUCCUAUCGAGUCAGCAGCUCGCAGCUCUACAUCAAGGCUCGCUCAGCCUCUCAGCCCUCAUUCGCGCUUCUACCAUUCCGAACGGCCGAUAAACGAACCUGCGCCGCAGGCCCCUUCUUCCCCUUUCACUCUUCCUGCCGAAUUAUCUCUCUUCGACCCAAAACCAAGGGAGAACCUCGUAUCGGAUCUCGAGACCAUCUUUGGCACAAACCUCCGACCCCGGUUCUUCGCGCGAUCGAUUAAAGUCAAGUCGAAGGCUACACAGUCCAACGAACCUAAAGACAAGACCAUCGGACGACCAAGGCGGAUCCUGAAAAAAGCAAGGGAGAGGAGUUGGGAGGAUGAUUUUGUCUGGGGAGAGCUCAAGUCAGAAGAGGACGAGAAGAGUGUCUACAGGGGAAGCUGGGUAUAGCAGAAUCGCACAAUGCAUACCACUGUUUGCCAG